GUCAAUCGCCUCAUUCAAGACCAUGCAGCAGAGGUUGGUGGUGAUGGCUCCAACUACUACAUGGCCCAGGCCAAAAUGGCUAUGCUGGCCAAACAGUUCCAGCGCGCAGAGGCCAUCCUAUUGGACCACAAUGAGCUGGAUGAGGCGCUGGCCAUGUAUCAGGAACUCCACAAGUAUAACGAGUCCAUCCAGCUCGCGGAACGCAAGAACCACCCCAAGUUGGUGCACCUCAAGAAUUACUACCUGCAAUGGCUGCUUUCCACACAGCAGGAGGAGAAGGCUGGGGAACUCCAGGAGAUCGAUGGCGAUUACGUCAGGGCCAUCGAGCUGUAUCUGCGUGGUGGCAUGGCUGCGAAGGCGGCCUCCGUCGUCCAGCGGCACAAUGCCAACUACUCUCAGGAACUUCUGCAGAAAAUCGUCGCCGGGUUGCAGGCAAGCGGAAUGCAUGACCGAGCUGGCGGCCUCUACGAACGCAUGGGUCUCAUUCAGCCGGCCAUGGACGCGUAUCGUCGGGGCCAUGCCUACCGACAGGCCAUUGAGCUGGCUAAGCAUUCGCAACCUGGUCUGGUGGUUGCCCUGGAGGAGGAGUGGGGUGACUGGCUGGUCUCGCAGCGGCAGGUGGAUGCAGCCAUCAACCACUACAUCGAGGCCGGUAACGCAACGAAGGCCAUUGAUGCUGCCAUGACUGCGCGUCAGUGGCACAAAGCCGAGACACUCCUGGAUCAGGCUUCCAUGGGCGCAGAUCAGACCUUUGCUCUGCCGUUCUACGAGAAGUUGGCCACGCACUAUGCGCACUCCCGCCAGCCGGAGACCCGGAUUGUGGAGAUGCUGCAGAAUCUGCAGAGCGCAGCCACGCUGCUGAACAGCACUGUAGACGACACGCUGGGCUGCAUCAGCGGUUGCCCCAUGGACUCGUCGACUUUGAACCCAAGGCCCCUUUGCGUCCUGAGCAACUGCACCACAGACUUGGCCAAGUGUCUGUUCUCUUCGACGUGCCGAAGUGGUGUCAUGUGCGAGCUUCGCUGCACAGAGUCCAUUGCCAAGACAGAGGAUGCAUUGCACUUCUCGUCAAUGAUGGAGUGCAUGCGAGUGCACUGCCCCGGCUUCCCUCCCAGCAAGACCUGCGCAGCGUUGCACUGCAUCAAAGAGGCUGGGGAGUGCGCUCUUCACACCAAGUGCCGGGAGACCCUGGAGUGUGCCAACGGCUGCGUGCCUUCGAAGUACUCGGCAGCUCUGGAGGCUGUGCAGCAGAGCGCCCAGCUGCAAGUCUGA